AUGUCUAGUAUAAAGGUUGGGAAAUUCGGUCGUCACGGCUACGAUACAUCAGUUCUACAAAUUGUUAACCCCUGGUUAGGAUGGACUUUGAUCACCGAGAACUGGCUCUCGACUGUCACACUCGGCAUAGCCAAACUCACUUUCCUAUUGUUCUAUCUCACUUUGUUCUCACCCAACCGCAUCCUGCGAUACAUGAUAUACUUUGGAAUGGUUGUCACAAUUCUUGUUUUCCUUGGCUUCACUCUAGCUCAGACCAUUCUUCUCGUACCUCAUCCAGGUGAAAACUGGCUAGAAAUGUAUCAAGACCCUCGAGAGAUGGCAGUUUUAAAAAUUAGUGUUCCAAUCUCAGUGACAAGUUUCAUUGUUGAUAUUUAUACCUUCAUCAUACCAAUUGCAGGAGUCUCGGGACUGAAGUUAAGUCCAAAGAGGAAGAUUGGAGUUCUCAUAGUUUUUAUUACGGGACUAUGA